AUGAUCGAAGGUAAUCGGAGCACUGCCGCCGUACACAAGAUACACUUCAUACGACCGAUCCGAGGCGCGGCGCUCGCGACACUAAACGCAAGGUUGGCUGCAAAUUUGUACGCGGAACGGUAUCCUGACCGUAGACAUCCGAAGUAUGAGGCGAUUGAACGAUUGGAUUCUGCCUAUAGGAAGGGCAGAAUACCUGGAACUCGAGGUUCUCAAUCUGGGAGACCGCGAACAAUCGAGGACGACGUCGUGCUACAGGAACGCGAAGAGGAUCCCUCGACUUCGAAAAUGUUGUCACGAGAUAAGUUGAUGAGAAGAAAAGUUGGAGGGAGGGCUUAUAAGUGUUAUAGUGAACGGCAGCUGGAACUAUGUUUAUCAGAUAUAACAAAUAAAAUUUUAACUCAACGCGAAGCUGCCGAAAAAUACAAAAUUCCUCGAAGUUCAAUUAUUUUAAAAUUAAAAGCAAUACGAACAAAUAAAGUUAGACAACCAGGCCAUCAACGUAUCUUUUCUGAUACCGAAGAAACUGCUUUCAUCCAGCAUGCAAUCGAAAUGUGUCAUUACGGUUUCCCUACUAUCGUUUUUGAUUAA